AGCUAUGCAGCAAGCGCAGAUCACGUGACUGUUUAUUCUCACUCCCUCUGAAAAGAUCUUACAGAAGUGAGAGAGUUUAGCAGUACAGAGCCAAAAAGUCAUGCACACUUAGACCUGCACAGCACUGAGGAGACGCUAACUCAGACUACACAAUCCUGAGAAGCUCAGAGACCUGGCUCUCAUGUCUCAGAGCGUGGAGGACCAGGUGAGGAUACCACCUGGAGCUACUGGACUGUACAGAGCAAUGCUGGUCAAAUCAGCGUCUAUGUAUUCGGAAAUACAGAGGGAGCGACCUGAGGUUAGGAAUUUCAUGUCUCACCCAGACUACAUAGAUGGAAACCCGGAUCUCAUCAAACCUAAGAAGCUACUAAAUCCUGUAAAAGCCUCGAAAAGCCACCAAGAGCUCCACAGAGAGCUGCUUAUGAACCACAAAAGAGGCUUGAGCGUGGAGAGCAAGCCAGAGCUCCAGCGAGUGCUUGAGCACCGACGGCGAAAUCAGCUGCUCAGGCAGAAAAAGGAAGAAGAAGAGGCAAAGAAAUUGCAGUCUCCAUUUGAACAAGAGCUCCUGAAGCGACAGCAGAGGCUGGAUCAGCUGGAGAGAGGACAAGAGAAGCAUGAAGAACAUGCACCAGAAUUUAUUAAAGUAAAAGAGAACUUAAGAAGAACAUCAACGCUAACUGGGGAAGAGAAAGUAGUGUAGCAUCUGCCAAACCUAAAUGGAGGAACAUGUCAAGCUGGCGCUAAUACCUACACACUGACAUCGUUGUAUGUGGUGGACAUUUACAGCCAUGUCCUUGGGGCUACUUACUGUUACUAAUGCUUGCUCCAGUAGAAAUGCAUAAAAGGCCUUUCCUGUCCAGGACAGGGUAUUUAAAUGGUAACGCUGCGGUAUUUACCAGUAGAAGUACACACAUGAGGAGAUGUGAGGCAGAUGAUGUCAUUCUCCCCUCAACUUGGGGGUUCAUGCUAACAUCCAUCCCUAUUAACUCUUGGUUAACCCCUUGAGAUACAGCAUAUGCUCAAGACAGAGGCAUUUAUGGAGUGACAGCUCUCCAACAGGUUUGGGAGACCCUCCUAAGUAAUCAUACCAGAUGCUCUCAGACUGUGUGGCUGCUGAUACUGAACUCUACAAGAUAGCAGCUGUAGCUUGGGAGGGCUUCCUGGAAACCUGCAGGUGACACCUUAGAGGGAUGAUCUUGCAUAUUGCUGGGAAUGGCCUCGGUGACGCGCAGGGGCCAGCUGGGAGAGCCUUAGAGAAGCUAUGUGUCCUCGCAGUACUCCCCUGUUUAGCUACUGUGAGAAACUCAAGUCCUGUAUCUGCGUGUUACUGAGUCAGCCUUGCCAAACAGGAUGGGACAGCUCUUUCCUGGUGUCGAUCCUGCACUUACACUGAAAAUCUGUUAACGAACUAGGACGUAGCUACAUAGCAGGUAGCACAUUGGGCUGCACCACAGAGGCCACCCGGGGUUUAAGGCUAAUGUUAGACACUUAAACCAAAGACUGGGAGUUCUGAGCAUUAGUGGUAACCAAACUGCACCCUGCGCAGCCAGCCGGUCCCUUUGGACCAGAGACGCUCAGAUCGAGAGAGUCAGAGUGGCAGACUCAUUGACUCUUCUCUCCAGAUUGUUGGGCUUUGGGUCCCCGCCCACCUGCUAGGCACCUGUUAUUUUAACAGCUCUGAAAAGCGCGUUCCUGGUGCAUUGCUUGAGAGCUGGUGUAGGCAGGGUGGAGGGGGUCAGUAUAAAGCCCCUCAGACCUAGCAGCUGCUCGACUUAGUGCUACAGCAUAGCUGGGACCUGCACCAGUUUUUGUGACUGAGGAGCAGAUGUGGAUCACUGCACAAUCCUUGGUCAUGCUCCAUUGUUAGCCUUCUCCCCUGGAGGCCUGCUAAGGGGGGAGCGGCCACGCUCAUUUGCCAUGAAUGCAGAGUAUCUUCUAGUGUUCAUGGUGGCAGAGGCCAGCGUGUGUUGCCAUGGAAGGUGGCGCCUUUGCUGUCAGAACUCCCACACUCCUAACAAACUUCAGGUCCCCCCAUGCCUGAACUUUGGGGACGUUCCGAUCUGGAGCAAAAUUCUCUGGCUCGGGCCCAUCUUGGCUUCUUACCGUUAAAAUGUGAGAGUAAAAUAACCUUUUGGCUGCCUUUGGAUGCCGACUGUCUGAUUGCAGCAGUCAGCGGAUAUGGCCUGUGACAAAGGCAUCAGAUGAUUAAACAAUAUCCACUGUGUGAGCCCCAGCGGAUUCACAUGCAAAGUCAAUGAGCUCUGGGGAUUCAUCACAUCUUUCUUAAAAAGUUAAAGCAGCCCCACAAACACAGUGUCUGGUCUCCCCACGCUCUGUUAGUUCAAGAGACUGUUGCUCAUUCUGGCAGCAAGUGUUUGUUUCCAAAAUCUGUUGCCUCUGGUCAGCAUAGAGCCAAUUCAAUAGCUACUCCAUCCUGUCUGCUAAAUGCAGCUUUUCAGUUAGCUUGUUGGGCAAUCAGGGUGUUCUGGUUUUUUAAAGAGAAAUUUCUCACCAACACAAAAGGGGAGCAGUUGGGACCAUUUUACACACGGCUGUGAAGAACAGUGUGUUACACCUGCUAAGUAGCAUCAACUGAACUAACACUGAGUCCUGUGGCACCUUAUAGACUAACAGACGUACUGGAGCAUGAGCUUUCGUGGGUGAAUCCCCACUUCGUCAGAUGCAGGUAGGUG